AUUUUCGGUGUGAUUGAUGUAACUGAUUGAGAUUUAUAGAGACUGUUGAAGAUUAUUUGUGAAAGUGUACUUAAAAAUACUGAUACAUUGGAAGAUAUGGUAAUAUUGCACACGCCUUCCCUGUCGCCUGGCAUGUCGUGCCGGGUUCCGUAUGCCAGUGGCGGCGGCUCGGUUCACAACGACUGGGAUAUAAACGACAGUGCCGUGCCCCGAAUCAACGACUACGACCCGUUUUCGGAGUGGGCGGAUGGUCAUUGUCGACUCGUCUACAGAGCUGACAAUGAGGAAGCUAAACGUCACUCGUCGGGCUGGGCAAUGAGAAACACCAACAACCACAACGUCCACAUUUUAAAGAAGAGCUGUUUAGGCGUAUUAGUGUGCUCACUUAGGUGUACGCUACCUAGCGGUGACAAAGUACACUUGCGACCUGCGAUUUGUGACAAAGCCCGCAAAAAACAGCAAGGUAAACCUUGUCCUAACCGUCAAUGCAACGGCAGGCUCGAGAUCCUACCCUGCCGAGGCCACUGCGGCUACCCGGUGACCCAUUUCUGGCGCCACACCGAGCAGGCGAUAUUUUUCCAAGCCAAAGGUGUCCACGACCAUCCCAGGCCCGAGGCCAAGAGCACCAGCGAGGCCAGAAGGUCGCUGGGCAGCGGCAGGAGGGUGAGGAGUCUGGCAGUGCUGUUAGCCAAAGAAGCUGCAUUAGGAAAUAAGUUAAUGUCCUUAAGAGAACCAAAAAGACCCUGUAGAGAAAUCAACCAAGUCAUUAGGAAUAGUAAUAACAACCCAACGACUCUAGUCACUAGUCAAGAAAAAGGAUAUUGUUCCUGUCCACCUUUCGAAUGCAUCUGUAGUUACCAGCCCAACUUACCAACCCAACUGCAACAUUACCCCACUUCCCCUCAGUCUUACCAACCCGCCAUCCAACAACACCUGGAUGCUUAUUGGACACAGGAACCAACUCAGACGUAUCCCGCGGAAUCGACGAGUUUGGAAAACACCCAGUACGACUUCAGUAACAUUCCUUCUGACCUGUUUCACCCCGAAGAAAUUUUCCAGCUUGACCAACCGAUCAAACCAGAAUUUAUGUUGGUUCAAAACUCCACUAUCCCUAGUAGUGAAAUUGCGCGAUCGCCCCCUACGCUUUUGGAUCUAGGUAGUGGUACUAUACAUCGAGAAUUUAAGUCUGAAGAGUACUGGCCCCAAACCAGCAUGGGUUUUUUGAAUGAGGACUCAAAUACGAGCAGUAAUAGUCGAUUUAACGUCAACCAAAGUCCCGAAGUUCCUAAAAUGCUUAAUAAUAAUUUCGUGGGGUCGUCUCAACAAAAUUACUAUACAAAUCCAAGUAAAGAAAGCUUACAACAAGUAUCGAGUCAAGUAUUUGAUCAGCAUCAUGGUAUUAGCGCGAGUGAGUUCAAACCAGAGAUGCUGACGUACUUCAGCGAUCCGGGACAUCACCAUAACUUUCCUAAUAACCAGAAUACGUCCAGAGGUAGUAAGGAGAAUUAUCCAGAAUAUAUCGAUUUAGCGCAAUACAGCGAUUACAACAAUUUUUUGAACGUCUACGAAAGUAAAUCUGGACCGCACGGUGAAAGUUGUAGCGUUUUGGGAGAUUUAGAUUUAAAAUUCGGCACAUUCAACGAAAACAUGGUUGAUUACACCAAUCAAAGUUACGAUAUAGUUACCAAUCAAUAACUUCGACGCAUUAACUAUAAAAAACCAGUUUGUACAUACUUAUAUAGUCUUUAACGAUUCGUGGAAGAUUUUGACAUCCAAAAAAAAUGUCAGAAAAUACAAUUUGCCUGUGAAUUAAAAAUUAAAAUGACAGACACGACUGGUCUCUGUCAGGGAUCCUCCCGUUGGACAGACUAUAUUUUCUAUCGCCUGUUUUAUAAUUUAUAGUAAAUAUUUUGAAAGGUAUAAUGAUCUACUGUACCAUCCAAUGACUAAAGGAUACAAGGACCUGUAACGCUCAUGUACGAGCUGCAGCAGAAUUUGUGGUGAUAGACGCCAUUUUUUUGGUUGUAGCGAAUGAGUCAUCAACGACAAUUUUAGCAAUUUUUAAUAGUUUGCGUGUAGUAAACUUUGUAUAAACUUUAUCACAAUGGUGAUUAAUUGUUCAGCCUUUCAACUGUAAAAACCACAGUGAUAAGAAAGAGCCAGGAGUUACGUUUUAUAGGUAA